AUGGGGCUUCGUGGGAAGAUGUGUCCUAACUGGCUCCUGGCCACGGCCCUGCUUCCUUCUGCCGUGGCCAUCUGCCCCGAGGUGUGCACUGCCACAGGCGGUACAUCUUGGCCUUGCAGAUACCACAACGGCGGCCAGUGCACCGUGGAUGUGAAUCCCAGUGUUGCCAGGGCAGGGGCACAAGACAUCAACAUUGCCGUCAUCAGCCCAUACACAGGUGUGAUUGGGGACAUGAUGACAAUGGCGGAGCCUCUUCUCGCCUUGGCGGCACAGGAGAUCGAGGACAGCGGCUAUCUUCCAGGCUACCGGGUGAAUUUGCAUCUUACCGACUCAGGCUGCGAUGAGGCAGUUGCUACGGAGGCCACCAUCGAGGCUUUCACGGUCGGUCCCCGAAAGCACGCUAUUCUGGGCGACUCCUGCAGUCAGGCAUGCGCGGCAGUAAGCGAUGCUGCACGUCUCUUCCGGGUCCUUAUGGUAUCACCCGGGUGCGAUUCACCUAGCCUCAGUGACCGGACGCGAUAUCCAUACUUCACGAGGAUGACGCCGUCUGACCGCUUCAAAGUGACCGCUAUCUUCGAGGUGUUCAAGAUGUUCUCCUGGCGUCGUGUUGGAGUGAUGGACGGGCCGUUCUACACAGCAGGCGCGAAAGCAUUCUUCCUCGAGCUCAUUCAGCGAGACUUGGAUGCAGGCGCCUACGAUUGGACGGUUUUGCUCGACCGCACCGUGAACUCCCUAGAAGAUGCUAUGAGCGCUGCGGAUGAGGUCCAGGUGCGUGACUCACGAAUCAACAUGAUGGUCCUCCCGGAGUACAUCGGCAUGUGGAUGAUGUGUCAAUAUUACCUACGCGGCAUGUUGCCGCCAGAUUACGUGUGGUUCAUCGCAGCUUUUGGCAACUGGGUGAACAACCUCACGAAUGUCAUGGCUGGAACGCCCGAGUGCCCUUGCACGGCUGAACAGCUUGCCAGAGUCUCUGGUGGACUCAUGAUCAGCGGCCGGUCGCCGAUCCAGAAUACCAACGAGAUUCAUGGCCUCUCGGGAACGAGACUUGCGGACAUCUCCAACUACUACAACACUGCUUGCCAGCAAUUCGCGAAUGGACUUGGUGCGUGUGACUAUGUGUGGACCGGCUACUUUUACGAUGGCCUGUGGCACUUGACUUCUCUACUGCACACAUACCUGAUUGAGCAAAACCAUUCGCUUGCAGAGCUUGGCACCUCCGCCUCUCGGUCGGCCUUGUACGAAAUGUCUUUGGGAAAAGAUUACAUGGGCUUGACCGGCCGAGUCCGACAGUUCAACAGCAUUGAGCCGACGACCAUCCCUCCUUCCUACGGCGACCGCGAUGGCGUGCAACUCAUCCGGCAAAUCACUGGUGGACCGGGCAACGAGUUUACCGAUCUGGCACAGCGCUCCAGCUCUGGUAUCUUGUGGCUCGCAGAUCUGGUGUGGAGCCCCUAUGACAGCCGGCUGGUGCCUUGUAGCACUGGCACUUGUGCCUUGGGUGCUGCCUGGGUCCCGUCGGACCGCAUUGCCCAGUGUCCUGCGGGAACCGUCUUCUCCGUGCAACUUGGGUGCAUCGCAUGUGAGGCGGGCAAAUAUGCAGCAGCAGGGAUGCUUGAGUGCCAGCCAUGCGAUGUUGGUACGUUCACCAACGUAUCGGGCAUGGCAGCAUGCCAUCCAUGUGCACCGGGGAGCUACAACAAUGUGCUUGGAGCAGAUGGGUGUGAGGAGUGCAGCCAGGGGUUCUUUACGAACGAGACAGAAUCCACGGGAUGCAUGCAGUGCCCGAUCGGCUUCUAUGCGGCACAGAAAGGCUUGGCGACUUGCACAGCAUGCCCACCUGGGCUGACGACCUUCUCGAGAGGUGCGCUUGAUUCUGACGCUUGCCAGUGUCAGGGCGAGUUGUACCAAGGACAGUGUGUCGUAUGCAGUGGCAACACACGCUACGAAGCUGGCGCAUGCAUUCCGUGCUUGGAGGGUUUGACAUGCGACGGAGGUCGCACUGCAGAAGUGCAGCCGGGCUUCUUCACCGACACCGCCGCUCCCUUUGAUGUCUACAGAUGCCUUCCAGUGGAGUCCUGUCCCGGCGGCCCGCCGGGAGAGUGCGCUGGAGGACGGGUAGGCAUUCCAUGCACACAAUGUUGCCGGCAUUGCUGGCACCGUUUCCAUUCCGGCACUUUACUACAUGAUGAACAUGAAGCAGACGGCCAAGGCUACCACAAUGUUGGCCACCUCGUGUGCCCUGGCCAUGACAAUCAGCAUGCUGCAAAACGUUGGGAUCGUGGGCUACAUCUCGUUCAGCUGGCCGUCGGAGCUUCAAUGGAUGUUCGAUCUGAUGAGCCUUUUCACGUUGGACCUGCAAGCAGUGGGCUUCGACUGCGUGUCCAGUUCGCCAGUUGCCGGAUACCACAUGACAGCCGCCAUGCUGCCAUGCGCUCUCGUGUGGCUGGUCGUUUGCAGCUUCCUCAGCAAGCUCUUGCCGGCCCGCUGGCAGUUCGACAGCGGCAAGUUGAUCAGUACUCUGGGCCAGUUUAUGCAGGUCAGUUUCACGAUCUACAGUAA